GACAACAUUACAGACAAACAAUGACCUCGUGCACCCACCAGAAUACAUCUCUAUAACAGCCAUAUCUAAAACAGCCCAUUAUGAACCUAAUAAAAGCCCAUCUGCUCAAAUUCGCAACCAUUUGGUUGAUACUUGAGCUGAAGUGGGACAGGACGUUACAUUGACAGGUUCUCCACUCGUUCUUUCCCGUUUUUUCUCCGUACACGGGAAGCUCCUGCCCCCUGAUUCCUCAAGCGCCCGGAUGCAGCUCACCAGUAACAGUCAGUGAGUCAGUCAGUCAGGACAAACAUGGUCGCCAGAGCUGAAGGGAGCGUUUAGGAAUCUCCGCGCUGAAAUUCGCUUCAUUACACGAGGUCUCUUAUACUGAUAUCCGAAGCACGUUAAAGCCUCUCCAGAGGACUGGAUUCUCUUCUCGUUGAAGGCGUCUUUGUGGACAGGACACUUCGAGGGCCAAACAAUGGAAUGCUCUCUCCUGCCUACACUGCUCAGCACUCUACAGACUGAGGUUAAACGGCUUAGUUAGCAGUGUGCCUCUCCCCUAAGAACUCUUUUAGCUUGGGGAAAGUUUAAAAAAGGAGAAUUUUCUUCAUAGUACAACACAUUAAUCCAGUUCUUUGUAGUUGUUUUUUGGGAUUCAUUUUUGCUUUGUGUGAACACAAGUCAAGAUGGAUUUGGAACCGUACCUGUGGAUGGUCGUGAUUGGCUUCAUUAUAGCCUUCAUCCUGGCAUUUUCAGUGGGAGCCAAUGACGUGGCUAAUUCGUUUGGCACAGCAGUCGGGUCUGGGGUGGUGACAUUACGUCAGGCCUGCAUCCUGGCUUCCAUAUUUGAGACCCUUGGCUCCAUGCUCCUCGGUGCCAAGGUCGGGGAAACCAUUCGGAAGGGAAUUAUAGAUGUCAGUUUAUACAAUGAAACUGUGCCGAUACUGAUGGCGGGAGAGGUCAGCGCCAUGGUCGGGUCUGCGGUUUGGCAACUCAUUGCCUCUUUUCUGAAGUUGCCCAUUUCUGGAACUCAUUGCAUUGUGGGAUCUACUAUUGGCUUCUCCAUGGUUGCUAUUGGCACUAAAGGAGUACAGUGGAUGCAGUUAGUCAAAAUUGUUGCUUCAUGGUUCAUCUCCCCUCUGCUGUCUGGUCUCAUGUCUGGUCUGCUUUUCUUCAUCAUCCGAUAUUUCAUUCUUAGCAAGGAUGACCCUGUUCCCAAUGGUCUUUGCGCUUUGCCCCUCUUCUACGCAUCAACCAUCGGAAUCAACGCCUUCUCCAUCAUGUACACUGGAGCUCCCUUACUGGGCUUGGAGAUGCUCCCUGUCUGGGCUGUCGCCCUCAUUACUUUGGCUGGUGCUCUGGUAUGUGCCGGUCUGGUCUGGAUUUUUGUUUGCCCCUGGAUGAGAAAGAAAAUAGCAAGUCAGCUGAAGAAAGAGCAUGCUCUUUCCCACAUUUCUGACGAGAGUUUGGAUAAAAUCCCGGAGGAGGAAGAGGAAGCCCCUGUGUUUAAAGAGCUUCCAGGUGCAAAAAGCAGCAACGAUGCUGUUCUGCCCCUGACAGAGGAGUCGACAGGAGAGCUGAACAGCCUGGCUAAUGGAGGCACCGUCCUGCCCCACGGCAGAGUGUAUGGUCGCACUAACUCCAUGACCAACGGGUGCCUCAAGUCACCCGUGUCCAAUGGGGGCUUCAGCUUUGACGGACACAUGCGCAGUGAUGGCCAGGUCUAUCACACGGUUCAUAAGGACUCUGGUCUCUACAAGGACCUCCUUCACAAGAUCCACCUGGGCCGCCUGGAGGAUGAGCGCAGCAGCUCACGUCCCGACAACAGCUACCGUCACCUCCGCCGCAACAACAGCUAUACAUGUUACACAGCUGCCAUCUGCGGCAUUCCAGUGCAGCCCCUGAUCCGGUCAGAGUCCAGCGCCCCUCCUCCAGAGGACAGUGAGAAGCUAGUGGGCGACACGGUCUUCUAUUCGAAAAAGCGAUUGCGCUACGACAGCUAUUCCAGCUACUGUAACGCGGUUGCAGAGGCUGAGAUUGAAGCGGAGGAAGGUGACGUGGAUGUGAAGUUGGCAGCAGAUAAAAGGGAGCCCCAGGCCCCAGCUGAAGGGAUGCUGGAGGACUGUGUUGAUGAGGACAAGGAAGAGAAGGACAAUCCUCAAGUCUACCUGCUCUUCCACUUCCUGCAAAUCCUGACCGCCUGUUUCGGAUCGUUUGCGCAUGGGGGGAAUGAUGUCAGUAAUGCAAUUGGCCCUUUGGUGGCCCUGUGGAUGAUUUACGAGCAGGGUGGGGUGAUGCAGGAUGCGGCCACACCUAUCUGGCUACUGUUAUAUGGUGGCAUCGGAAUCUGUACUGGACUGUGGGUUUGGGGUCGACGUGUCAUUCAAACAAUGGGCAAAGAUCUCACUCCCAUCACCCCCUCCAGUGGAUUCACUAUUGAGCUGGCCUCAGCGCUCACUGUUGUUUUGGCGUCCAAUAUCGGACUUCCAAUCAGUACGACACACUGCAAGGUGGGCUCAGUGGUGGCAGUGGGCUGGAUCCGCUCCAAGAAGGCUGUGGACUGGCGUCUCUUCCGGAACAUCUUCCUGGCCUGGUUUGUGACCGUCCCUGUAGCAGGCCUCUUCAGUGCUGCUGUCAUGGCCCUGUUCGUCUACGGCAUACUGCCUUACGUUUGAGAUGGAAAAUGGGGAAGAGAGGGUGAUAUAGGAAGGUAAUGACGAAAAAAUAAAACCGAGACGCAGACAGAAAAAAAAUAGCAAGAUAUUAAGGGACAGCCAAAGGGUGGGGUGAGUCUUCAAAUGCUGCCUGGAAAAGCAUCCAGAAUCCUUUGACUUAAAUAUCCUUAAUCUUGUCAAGAGGAUUUGUUUGUUUUGAAAUGUUACCAUAGACCGUUAGAUCUUUGAGUCAUUAUUUCAAAUGGUACAUUUUCAAAGUUCCUAAAAAUAACUUUUACAUUUGUGGUCCUACAUGUCCAAGGGAGUAAACCGAUGGAGAACUGGACAUAUAUGCACAUAUAAAUACUCAUGCAAUUGCCAAUAUCGCAAAAGAAUAUCAGUACAUGAAGAAUGGGACUAGAAAAUUGGUUUUAUGGCACAAUGUUAUGGCUACUAACUUCUCUUGGGCCUCUAAAUGUAUUGUUUUAAGAUGAAUCAUGCGUGGUGUGUUGUAAUCGCACUUUAAUUCCCAUUCGCUGAAACAUCAGACUUCUAUAUAAUGACACUGAGAUCAGCAUCCUGCUGUUCAAAACCUACAUUAGCUGCAUUGCUAAAAUCAUACCUCAGCCAACAAUCUAUGCCACAUAAAUGACAAGUGAUAAAACUGUGCUAUCUCAUAAUACAUGAAAUACUGAAAUAAGAUGAAUCAUUUUUGUAGUGGGUAACGUGUAUGAAUUCCCUGUUCUUUUAUCGUUGUAUUUAUUUUUAGACCUGUUACCAUUCAUACCUUUUUUUAAAAACACAAGAGGUGUGAAGACAUAAUCAUAUUUUGAACCAUGUAUGCUACUAUAAUUCCUACUGUGUAUAUAUUCAGCUAUGGAUUUUAGAUUUUUAGUCUUAUUUUGAGGUCUUAUAUUGUUACAUUUAAGGAGACUUUAGAUCAGGUUUGUAGUUGCAAGAAACAUGCUUUCCAAGCAUAUGAAAAAGAUCAAAUAUAAAAUAAAAAAAUUAUUUUACUAUGACAUAACACUACAUCCAUAAUCCUGUCAUAUCAAAAGUAAUUGCUAAAAAAAUCCACGUUUUCUCCCAUCGCUACUAUUAAAUGAUUAUCAUGUCACUGAAAAAUAAAUCAUGCUCCAUAAAAAUAUGAGCAGUCAUAUCUGAGGUUUUACAUUUUUAACUUUCUGUAAUUCGCCUUUUGUAUGCAAAUCAAUGUGAUUUUUUUUUUUUUUUCUCUCUCUCUCUCUCUUUUUUGGAAGAUUAAUAGCCAAACAUUGUGAUGGUCAAGUUAAAUUGCCAUACUCUUUGACUCUUUGUAAUAAUCUAAACAAUAUUCAAACAAAAGUAAUCAGUUGAUUCUAUAAUGUGGAGACAGGAUGAUAGUAGUUCAGUCUAGCAAUAGUGUAUAAUGUUCUUCGAGCCCAACGGAUGAUGCCAAUAUAAAUACCUGUAUGUGCCAGGACAGCCAAAAUCACUUCACAUGAACCCAUAAUACCAGCACAAACAUAAGUGAAGUGGGUAAAUCUAUAUGAUGUGUUGAGAGGCAGUGUUAGACACCGGGUCUUUCUAUGGGUCAGGGUCAUAUCAGCAUUCAUCUACUUGAUAAAGCCUUCAGUACUGAUAUCACAUUGAGGUUUAUCAGGUCAGGAUGAGAUUCAGUGGCACAAAUGUGUCAUUUAACGGAAGGUCAAUAUGUAACAAACUUUUUGUGGCCCUGAACCCACAAGAAACCAAAAAGUCUUGUGAUUUAAGCCCAAAAAUGUCCAUGUGAUUAUCAUUUGAACUGGGUUUAGAUGUUUGUCGUAAUCUGCCUCGGGAUAGUCACCAGAUUUGGAAACUGUACAAAUGUGUGGCUAUGAACCAAUGCAAAGUGUUGCUUUUUCUUUCUUUUUCUGUGUAUUACUUUUGUUUUUAUUUUUCAUCAAGAACAAAGCUAUGCUUAUAUGGCCAUUUGCCUUGUAAUGUUGUGCUUUACUGUUUGUUGGAUACAGUAACUUCAGUACUGUGGUGUUUACAUUGUAAUCAUAUUGUAGAAUAACUCAUUGCAGUUGCCUAAAAAUGCCAAUAAACUAACUAUGAAUCACAAAUUAAACAUGAAAUAACCAGGCAUUGCGCAAAGGUGUUUCAUGUCAUUUUGUGUUUUAGCAGUGUGAAUCAUAAUGAUCCUGUGUUACAUCACACUGCUAUAUGUAGUACUUUACAUGGUGGAUAUGAUUAAAAAUAAUAAUAAUGAAAGAAAUGAAUAGAUAUAAAUUUCAUUAAACUAUAUUUUUCUACAUAUAUAAGUUCUACCUGGGUGGUGACUUCUCACAUGGAGAGUAAACUGGACUCCUGAGCAUCGAUUAUGUUGAAGUGCCAGUAACUGUAAUAAGAAGAUUCAGUGCUGAAUACCACUGAACAAUUUCUUAAAGAUGGUUAUAUUGCAAAAAGAGUGUAAGAAGUUCAGGCAGGUGAUCUUAAUGUGGAUUGGUUCCAUAUAUCCAUUGUUUUUUUUUUUCUCGUCCAGGGACGUCUCUCCCUACUAGUGUGAGAGCGAGUGUUUGUGAAUAAAAAAAUUUCAUGAUUAACUUUUGAAAACUUUGUAAUUUUGUUUCCCUGAAAUGCAAUAUUGAGCUGCCAGAAUGUGGUCAAUCGGACCUCCACCAGCAGUGGCGACACACCGUUUAGAAUUUAUGGCACGGCAAGAUCCAGUACAACUUUUGUUUUACAACGGCACGCCAGCGAAAUCUGCCACUUGCGCAGUUAAAAAAAAAAAGACAAACGCCAAAACAUUUUCUUUACACAAGUACGCAGAACGCAGAUGCUUAUCACUCUACCAACGCGCAUAAGCUCUUGUAAAUUUGAUUUCACGCUAACAAACCUCCCUACUUGAAUUGAAUUUUUAAAUGUAUCUGACAUUAAACUUAAAGGGAUUAAAAGACAAAAACACUGUGCAACUGAAGGUGAACUUUCCCUUGAAUGUGUUAAUAUUCAGGAAAGUUGCAAUUAAUGUUAGAAUGAGAUUCUCUUUUAAUUGUUGCUGCAUCAUGAAAGUAGUUGAUCUGUAAGAAAUUUACACUAUUUUACAGCUGUUGCUGAGAGUUGUGUUGAAAUUUGGAAUCGCAUCUGCGUUCAGGUAUUUGCGUAACCGAACAUGAGGCUGCAGUUUGGCCACAGAAUUUGGCCAUAUGAGUUACAUAUUGGAAAAAAUCCAGUGUUAACCACUAUUGCGUUAAAUAAAUGUAAAAAAAAUCUAAGCCAUUCUGUGUUUUUAGAUGGACAUGUUAUGAUUGGACAAAUCCAAACAGAUCACUAUAGACUUACUGAAACAAAAUCAUUCAUAUCCACAACCAGUGUGUUGAUAAAAGGUUUUAUAACUGUUCUUGGCAGCCUAGCGACAUUCUCCCGUAGUGCACUAAUAUCAUUUAUGAAGUUUUCAUGUUCUUAUCUGCACUUGAAAAUAGAAUGUAGCCCAAUCCUCUGCUGGCCUGCUGAUUGCCCGCUGUGUGUCGUUUCUAUCGCCAUGAUGUGAAUGCUAUGCUGUUAACUGUCUGGGACCAUCUUAAGACAGGGCUGGAAUUCAAACAAAACCCCCUUAUCUGCAUAUGUACUGUAUUGCUGUUUUCUUUCUUUUUGGAACAUUUUGUGAAAGUUGUAUGCAUUUUAACUAAUUAAAUUAUGGGAAUUAAAAUUACAAAGAAUAACAAUA